AAGAUCCGUAAGACAAACGUUUGGGGUAGUACUGUUUGUCCUCGCUGCCAGUCCGUAGUAGGCCUUGAAACGAAUGAAAGCUCACAAACUACCAAAGAUUGCAUGUUUGCUAGCAGAAUUGAGGGAAGUGGUGGUUUAUUCGAUCGCCUCCGACUUCUCAGAAGGCAGCCCGCUCUCCAGCCUCUCUUUCUCCGCCUCCUCUUCAUGCAGAUCACGGGGGUCGGGGCCUGUUCCCGAGAGAGCCGUAUAUCCUCCGUCUCGGGCUCGUCAGAGUCGUGAAAGAAGAAACAGGAUUCUGCUAGUCCGUGGCAACAUCAUGUCAGCGGACACCAAAAUCGCUGAGCUUUUAACAGAGCUCCAUCAACUCAUAAAGCAGACGCAGGAGGAGAGGUCGCGCAGUGAACACAACCUGCUCAACAUCCAGAAAACACAUGAGAGGAUGCAGACUGAGAACAAGACCUCCCCUUACUACCGGACUAAGCUGAGGGGACUCUACACCACAGCCAGAGCAGAUGCUGAGGCAGAGUGCAGUAUUCUUCGUCAUGCUCUCGACAAAAUUGCAGAGAUCAAAUCCUUAUUGGAGGAGAGGCGAAUAGCGGCUAAGAUGGCAGGGGUGAACAGCGACAAUGACCCCCCCAGGAAGACCAUGCGGAGGGGGGUGCUGAUGACGCUGCUCCAACAGUCAGCCAUGACGCUGCCGCUGUGGAUUGGCAAGCCAGGAGACAGUCCUCCUCCCCUGUGUGGGGCGAUGCCAGCCAACAGUGACUACGUGGCCAAGCAAGGGGACAAGGUGGCAGCACGGGUCAAGGCCGUGGACGGAGACGAACAGUGGAUCCUGGCCGAGGUGGUCAGCUACAGCCACUCCACCAACAAGUACGAAGUGGAUGACAUUGAUGAGGAAGGAAAAGAGAGACACACCCUGAGCAGGCGGCGUAUCAUCCCCUUACCCCAGUGGAAGGCCAACCCAGAGACAGACCCGGAGGCCCUGUUCAGUAAAGACCAGCUGGUACUGGCCCUCUACCCCCAGACCACCUGCUUCUACAGAGCCCUCAUCCACACACAUCCACACCGGCCCCAGGACGACUACUCAGUGCUGUUUGAGGACACGUCGUACGCAGACGGCUACUCCCCGCCCCUCAACGUAGCUCAGAGAUACGUGGUGGCCUGCAAAGAGAACAAAAAGAAGUAAAGAAGAGACUGAUGAAGAGGAGAAGAAAGAGAGGAGUCAGGAGAAAUCAAGGGGACUGUGACUGAAGAUACUGUAUUUUGUCAGACUUGACAAGUGUUCCUAGACAAGUGUUUCCAACCACCCCCCUCCCCAGAAUAACAAUGGAUUCCAUACCUUAGCCACACGUAUAGACACACUGAGGGCGGGUUUUAAAUAAAAUAACAUCAAACUUUACUUGUCACAUGCGCCGAAUACAAGUGUAGACCUUGUAAGAUGCUUACUUACAAGCCCUUAACCAAAGGUGGAGUUCAAGGAGAAUUAUUAAAAUAUUUACCAAAUAAAGUAACACAAUAACAUAACAAUAACGUGGCUAUAUACAGAGGGUACCGAUACCGAGUCAGUGUGCGGGGGUACAGUUUAGAGGUAAUUUGUACAUGUAGGUAGGGGUGAAGUGACUAUGCAUAGAUAAUAAACAGUGAGUAGCAGCAGUGUACAAAACAAAUGGAGGGGGGUAAUAGUCCGGUGGCCAUUUGAUUAAUUGCUCAGCAGUCUUAUGGCUUGGGGGUAGAAGCUGUUAAGGAGCCUUUUGGUCCUAGACUUGGCGCUCAGGUACCGCUUGCCGUGCGGUAGCAGAGAAAAUAAUCUAUGACUUGGGUGACUGGAGUCUCUGACGAUUUUAUGGGCUUUCCUCUGACACCGCCUCUUAUAUAGGUCCUGGAUUGCAGGAAGCUUGGCCCCAGUGAUGUACUGGGUCGUACGCACUACCCUCUGUAUCGCCUUACUGUCAGAUGCUGAGCAGUUGCCAUACCAGGCGGUGAUGCGACCGGUCAGGAUGCUCUCUAUGGUGCAGCUGUAGAACUUUUUGAAGAUCUGGGGAUCCAUGCCAAAUCUUUUCAGUCUCCCGAGGGGGAAAAGGUUUUGUCGUGCCCUCUUCAUGACUGUCCUGGUGUGUUUGGACCAUGAUAGAUCAUUGGUGAUGUGGACACCAAGGAACUUGAAGCUCUCAACCUGCUCCACUGCAGCCCCGUCGAUGAAAAUGGGGGCGUGCUUGGUCCUCUUUGCUCGGUGAUCAGGCCUACCACUGUUGUCAUCAGCAAACUUAUUGAUGAUGUUGGAGUCUUGUUUGGCCACGCAGCCGUGGGUAAACAGGGAGUGCAGGAGGGGACUAAGUACACACCCCUGAAGGGCUCCAGUGUUGAGGAUCAGCGUGGCAGACGUGUUGUUGCCUACCUUUACCACCUGGGGGGGCGGCCCGUCAGGAAGUCCAGGAUCCAGUUGCAGAGGGAGGUGUUUAGUCCCAGGGUCCUUAGCUUAGUGAUGAGCUUUGAGGUCACUAUGGUGAUGAAAGCUGAGCUGUAGUCAAAUGAACACCAUUCUCACAUAGGUGUUUUUUUUGUCCAGGUGUGAAAGGGCAGUGUGGAGUGCGAUUGAGAUUGCGUCAUCUGUGGAUCUGUUGGAGCGCUAUGUGAAUUGGAGUGGGUCUAGGGUAUCCGGGAGGAUGCUGUUGAUGUGAGCCAUGACCAGCCUUUCAAAGCACUUCAUGGCUACCGGCGUGAAUGCUACGUGGCGGUAAUCAUUUAGACAGGUUACCUUCGCUUCCUUGGGCACAGAGACUAUGGUGGUCUGCUUGAAACAUGUAGGUAUUACAGACUCAGUCAGAGAGAGGUUGAAUAUGUCAGUGAAGACAAUUGCCAGUUGGUCCGCGCAUGCUUUGAGUACACGUCCUGGUAAUCCAUCUGGCCCCGUGGCUUUGUGAAUGUUGACCUGUUUAAAGGUCUUUCCCACAUCGGCUACCGAGAGCGUUACCACACAGUCAUCCAGACCAUCUGGUGCUCUCAGGCAUGCUUCAGUGUUGCUUGCCUCGAUGCGAGCAUAAAAGGCAUUUAGCUCGUCUGGUAGGCUCGUGUCACUGAGCAGCUCUUGUCUGGGUUUUCCUUUGUAGUCCGUAAUAGCUUAAGCCCAGCCACAUCCGUCGAGUGUCAGUCGGUGUAGUAGGGUUCAAUCUUAAUCCUGUAUUGACACUUUGCUUGUUUGAUGGUUCGUCUGAGGGCAUAGCGGGAUUUCUCAUAGGCGUCCGGGUUUUGUGUCCCGCUCCUUGAAAGCGGCAGCUCUAGCUUUUAGCUCGAUGCGGAUGUUGUCUGUAAAUCAUGGCUUCUGGUUGGGAUAUGUACGUACGGUCACUGUGGAGACGACGUCGUCGAUGCACUUAUUGAUGAAGCAGAUGACUGAGGUGGUAUACUCCUCAAUGCCAUUGGAUGAAUCCCGGAACAUAUUCCAGUCUGUGCUAGAAAAACAGUCCUGUAGCGUAGCAUCCGCAUCAUCUGACCACUUCUGUGUUGAGCGAGUCACUGGUACCUCCUGCUUUAGUUUUUUUUGCUUGUAAGCAGGAAUCAGGAGGAUAGAAUUAUGGUCAGAUUUGCCAAAUGGAGGGCAGGGAGAGCUUUUUAUGGAUCUCUGUGUGUGGAGUAAAGGUGGUCUAGAGUUUUUUUUUUUUUUUCUGGUUGCACAUGUGGCAUGUUAGUAAAAAUUUGUUUUGAGACGCUAUCUGUGAGGCGCAGUCAAUCUAGGGAGUUGUAUUGAUAUCCAAUUGAUGUUAUGGCUCAUCUGUUUUGUCAUUGUGAGACGUGCAGGAUGUUCUGUCUGUAUUUGCCUGGUAGUGACAUGACUAUGCUUCUUGUGGAAUGAGCUAUGCUGCAUGUGUUUUAAUAUUUUGUUUUAAUAUAUUUUGUAGCAGGCUCAAGGGUGUGGGGUUGCCACAUCACCAAGUUCAAUAACAAAACAUGCAUUAGUAGCACAAAUAGAAUGCAAAUGGGAAGUUUAUUAGGGGUUUUGGUACACUGGGGAAGAGAGGGGAAUUCACCAAUCACCACAAUCCACAAGCCGUUUUCCAGGGGUAAUUCUCACACUCGGGUCCUCAGCCAAUCCGGUCCGGUACACAAGGAGGGUAGUGCAACAGUCCAGGUCACAACGGGUAAUCUCACAGAUAGUGUUCUCUCUUUUCCCACUCUUUAUAAUGCUCUUGAUUCUCUCCUACUCUGCCCCUUUGUGCAGGCUACUUCCUCCUCAAAAAGCACGCUGCUUUAUCCCCAAGCACUCCCUGGCUUAACGAAACACAGCCUUUCCUCGUUGGGGCAGGAAGUCCAUAUCAGGCCCGGGGGUGGAGCCAACGGGCUGCCAUAUAUCUCCCCUCAAUAACAACGCCCCUCACCUCUCCCUGCCAUUUGCUGCAAUGUUAACAAAAACCAAUGUUUUUCAUUUGUAUGUUGACUAAGGACACUGACUGAGUAAUAAUAAACUGUUUUUAUAUUCAGUACCAGUCAAAA